UCACGGAGGGGGCGACAGGUGAAUGAAAGAGGGGCGUGUCGGUGUGCGGUAGCUCGGCCGCAAGGCUGGAUCCCGCUGAAAGAGAUCCAGGCGACUCCAGAGCAGCAGCAGCUGGUGGAGACAUGGAGAUGCAGUCCUAUCAUGCCAAGCUCUUGGGGGAGUUGAAUGAACAGCGAAAGAGGGACUUUUUCUGUGACUGCAGCAUCAUUGUGGAAGGGCGGAUCUUCAAGGCCCACAGGAACAUUUUGUUUGCCAACAGCGGCUACUUCCGAGCCCUGCUCAUUCACUACAUCCAGGACAGCGGGCGGCACAGCACCGCCUCCCUGGACAUAGUCACCUCCGAUGCCUUCUCCACCAUCUUAGACUUCCUGUACUCUGGGAAGCUGGAUUUGUGCGGGGACAACGUGAUUGAAGUCAUGUCGGCGGCCAGCUACCUGCAGAUGAACGACGUGGUGAACUUCUGCAAGGCCUACAUCAGGUCGUCCCUUGAUAUCUGCCGGAAGAUGGAGAAGGAGGCUGCCGUGGCUGCAGCGGUGGCGGCGGCGGCGGCAGCGGCGGUGGCGGCUCAUCAGGUGGACAGCGGAAGCCCCAGUUCAGGCAGGGAAGGGACCUCCUGUGACACCAAGAACGUGGUCCCCUCUCCGGCCGAGGGAGAGGAGAGGGUGGACUGUCCAAGAGAGCCCCCUCGCAGUGACUGCAGAGGCUGCCACCCACUGGAACUGGCGGCGAAGGACGGCCAGGGCAGUGGCCCAGCUGACAGUGACCUCUCUGUUCUGCCCAAACAGAUAGAGCCCAAGGUGGAGUUUGAUGCCGACGAGGUGGAGGUGGAGUUGGGCGAACAGCUGCAGCCGUAUGCCACCCCACUCAGCCUGGCCCACGUGGACGAGGGUUUGCCCGGUGGCCAGGCCAUCGACUUGGCUUACGGUAACUACCACGUGAAGCAGUUCCUGGAGGCACUCCUGCGCAACGGUGCCGUCCAGAGCAAAGGUGACGUGGACCAUCACUUUUCUCGAAGUUUGGAGGGAAGACCAGAGGGUGCGGGAGGAGCCAUGAGUGCCGUGAUGGAUGUCCAGACCGACUGGUAUGGUGAGGACUCAGGUGAUGUGCUGGUGGUCCCCAUCAAGCUCCACAAGUGUCCUUUCUGCCCUUACACUGCCAAACAGAAGGGCAUCCUUAAGCGGCACAUCCGCUCACACACAGGCGAGCGGCCCUACCCCUGCGAGACGUGCGGCAAGCGGUUCACUCGACAGGAGCACCUGCGGAGUCACGCCCUAAGCGUCCAUAGAUCCAACCGUCCAAUCAUCUGCAAGGGCUGCAGAAGAACCUUCACGAGUCACCUGUCCCAGGGACUGCGGCGCUUCGGGCUGUGUGACAGCUGCACCUGUGUUACAGACACACACGAUGAUGAAGACGAUUUGAUGCCCAUCAAUCUUAGCCUGGUGGAGGCCUCGUCCGAAAGCCAAGAAAAGAGUGACACAGACAAUGACUGGCCAAUCUAUGUGGAGUCUGGUGAGGAAAAUGACCCCGCUGGAGAUGAUUCUGAUGGCAGACAGCAGAUUCGGCCCAACUUGUCAGAUCAAGAGACACUUACGUAGCGGAAAAUUCUGGGGGUGGGUAGGGGGAGAGGUUUUAGAAUUUGUUGUUGCUCAUUCUAUGUUCAAAAGCCACCAUUUGUCCAAUUUUGUGGAACCCCGAGAGGAACAUGUUUUCAUACUAUCGUUACAUUUUUGUUACAUUACACGGUGAAGGUUGGAUUUUGUGACUCAAAGGACUGAUGACUUCUUACUGGAAUGCCCUUGCUUUCUGAGGACCUUGUUGAGUUAAUUCUGAGUGAAUUAAUGCUUGCCCCAAGGCUUCCCAUUUUUCCUGUCGUGCACCCAAACUCUGGUUAGGAGAAAGACAAGAAAGUCUCCAUGCUUGAGACAUUUAAUUGUCUCAUUCCUCCAGAUUCCUUUUUUUUUUUUUUUUUUUGUCACCCUUUUUCUCUGGAAAUGUAGGCAAAAAUAUUUUGACAUCAGUCUUACCUUUGCCAAGCUUCUCCUGAUGGAUUCCAUAUUUUAAUUUUCUGGUGAAGUUUUUUUUUUUUUUUAACAUUUAUUUAUUUUUGAGAGACAGAAGGAGAGAGCACAAGUUGGGGAGGGGCAGAGAGAGAGGUAGACACAGAAUCCGAAGCAGGCUCCAGGCUCCGAGCUGUCAGCACGGAGCCCCACAUGGGGCUUGAACCCAUGAACCGAAGUUGGACGCUUAAACAACUGAGCCACCCAGGAGCCCCUCUGGUGAAGUCUUAAAGACAAAGCUUCACUGAUAUAAGGCAGGCAGGGCUGUUUGGCUCCAUGAGUGUAAAGAUACUUCUAAGACUUCAGUUUUAAUGGCUGGGAGUAUUUAUGUGCACGCAAGCAUGGAAAUGAGCUGAGAGACUCCUGGGCACUCUGACUUGCCCAGCUAAGUUCAACUUUAAGUUAGUCCUGAGAAAGGAGACUGUGAGCCCAAGUCUGGGUGGUUUCCCUGUUUAGUUUGGGAUCUGACCGGUCUGCACACACAGAUAACCUGUUUUGUGAUCAUAAAACAAGUCAUUUGGAUGAAACUCAAACCCCUUCCCUGUGUUUUCCUGCCAUUUUCAAGAGCCGCUGCUGUGUAAUGUGGAAAUGUAGCCCCUGCUGACGGCCUUCUACUUCGAUUAUGAAUAGAACUUUAAUUGGAGGGAAAGUGUGAGCCUGUAUAAACAAGUUAUAUUUCUAAA